AUAGAAACUUAUUCAGUUAUAAGAUCAGUGAUUUCCCAACCUCGAACCAUCUCGUCCACAACGGCAUGCCAUGAUCGAAAACUAACGCUGGACCUCUCCAAUCAAAAAACCCUGACUUUGCACAAACUCUAUCGUGAAGAGCGUAUCACACCACAUCAAAAAGGCUACGCACUGAUCCUCAACAGCAAGCUGAACAAGGGUAUGGCGUUUACACUCUACGAACGCUUCUAUCUUGGCAUUCACGGACUUAUCCCACCAGCAUUCAUGACUGAAGAGCAACAAGUGUAUCGAGUCAUGAAACGAAUUCGCGAGCAGCCUGAUAAUUUGGCGAAAUACGUUCAACUCGACGAGCUUCAAACACGCAGUCAAAAGCUAUUUUAUCGUGUGUUAUGCUCGAAUGUGAAGGAGCUGAUGCCGAUCGUGUACACACCCACCGUUGGACUAGCCUGCCAGAAAUUCGGUGCUAUUUAUCGUCAUCCUAAAGGAGUUUAUAUCACCCUUCAUGACAACAGUAUUAGCAAAAUUCACCAGAUUUUGACCAAUUGGAUGGAACCUAAAGUUAAAUGCAUAGUGGUUACCGAUGGAGAACGUAUACUUGGCCUUGGAGAUCUCGGAGCACAAGGAAUGGGUAUACCGGUCGGCAAAUUAGCACUGUAUGUAGCGCUGGCUGGUAUUCGACCCGAGUACUGCCUCCCAGUCGUCCUCGACGUUGGCACCAACAAUCAGAAAUACCUCGAGGAUCCAUUGUACAUCGGGCUCAGACGUAAACGAGUUCGUGGUGAGGAAUACGAACGAUUGGUUGACAAUUUCAUGAAAGCCGUAACAAAGAAAUUUGGUCGCGACACCCUUGUCCAGUUUGAGGACUUUGCGUUUCCGAAUGCAUUCAAGUUUUUGGACAAGUAUCGGGAAGAUUAUUGCACAUUUAACGACGACAUUCAA